UUAAGUAUUACAAUUUGGAGCAUUACUUAUCCCGCACCCUUUGUGCUACGGUCUGGAAUCAUACCUGACCAUAUGCACGGUUACUUCCUGGUUUUCAUUAAGCCAGCUUGGGCAUUUCGGGUGAACUGUUGUCAUUCUGUACAUCGACACAAAACCAUCAAUGGUUGACUUUUUAAUGCUGUAUUUUUAUUUUAAUGCAGUUAUCACACUUGCCUAAUUUACUAAAACAAACAAAAAAAAAAAAAAAAAAAACAGUUUUAUUGAAUUGCACUAAAGAAGAAGCUAAUAGGAAUGUUUGAAUAAGAAACGCGGUGUCUGUAAGACACCCACACACAACAUUUUUUCAGCACUCAAAUGUUAUUUUUAAUGUGAUGACCAAAAACAUUAUUUGUUCAUCCUUCUGAGAUUGUGCCCAUUUGUAAAACUUAAACAUUUCAGGAUGUGGGAAAUCCAACAUUUGAUAGAAAACACUUAUUUAAAAAUAAAAAAAAAGACAUAAUUACCACUAUAACCACAAGAUGGCGGCAGAGAGUACCACUUGCAUAUAUUAUUAUAGCCUAUAUUAGCCAUUUCCUGUAAUAGUUUUUCACUCAGCUUCGCUUUUGAAUAAAUAUUAAACAUUAUAGAAUCACUAGGUUUAAAAAUACAUUUUGUCAAGGUGAAAUAUGAACUACUCACAAAAUCUCAUGAAAAACAAUAACUUUUCUUGUGAAUGAAUUACACAGAAAGCAAGCACCUUGCUCUCCCUUAAUAAUUAGGUACAGAAGCUGUCGGUCAGUGCAGCGCAAGCUCAAUGAUGUGAAAACUCACAUUUUAUUUAAUGAAUCUAACUAAAGUGCACAAUAAAUCUUUAAUUUACAUUGUGUUGAUGCUUUUUUUUUUUUACACGAAAGUGCCUUACAACUUUCAUUGAACGAUAAAACAUGGAAGAAGGGACACAAUCCAGAUGCAGCAACGUAGCAUGUUAUCAUUUAUCUGUUUAUACAUCCUCUCAACUAUUAAUAAUAGCUAAUUGUAUUGUUUUCAAUUAUGUUCAGUUCAACUGCUUUGUUAUCUUUUGUAUUUUCACAAAAGAUUUCCCCCACAAAGCAGCUUUUCUGAAUCCCUGGCAAGCUUGCAGAGAAAAUCCUCACCGUGGAGUCAGUUUUGUAGCUGAGCCAAUGAGUCAAUGACAUUGUCUGUUUGUUGUUUCACUCUCUCUUCUGACCUCUAGAAGACAUUUGAUGUGGGCGUGCUGCAGUCCAUAGUGUCACCUACAGGCGGCCUGUCCACUGUGAGGCUUUCAUUAGACUGAGGAUUUGGAGUGCAUUAGUGAAGGUCUGAAUCAGAGCAGGCAGUGGAGAGACAGGGAUUGAGAGGAAGAAAAUAAACUAGUGAGUGAGGGAGGGAGGAGUUUGUGUCACAAACAUACAUGUAUAUACAGACCGGACAAGAGUGGAAAGAAACAAAGCAGGAGGGGGACACAAAAAAGGAUAAAAUUCCAAGACUCCAAGAGAUGGAGUUGUGUGAGAUUUUAGAACAGAAAUGCAGUCUAGACUGUCGUGGCAAUCUGGGACACGAGCAGUGCUGAGAACUAAACAGGUCAUCACAACCUCACAUAGACAUAUGGACAAGAUGGGGGCAAGUCGUCCACUGCCCAGUGCGCCCAAGGAUUCAUUAAGUGCUGCAAUAGAAGCCAUCAGUGUGAGCACAGAACUUGUUGAGGAGGAACUAAAACCUUAUUUGGACACAGUGCUGAAUGUUGCCAUUGAAAGAAAGAAAGGCAUAUCCGAGCAGGUGGUGGAAAGCGGGAUUCUCCCUGUUAUGGCUCAGAUUUUAAGAAGGAAAAGCACGCUCACUACUCACACAGCCAGACUAGUGGCUGAACUGGCCAGAGACGCUCCUGUAAGAGAGCAAUGCUUUGAGACAGGCAUUGUGUCUGCCCUUAUGACCUUACUGCUAAGCCAAGACCAGGACCUUCUCCUUCACGUUAGCCAGGCCAUCGCCAGGAUCUCCUAUGACAGCAACUUGCAGCAAGAGCGAUUCCUGAGGCUUGGAGCUGUCCCACGACUGGUGUCGGUUCUUCUCCAGCACAGUGAAAAUGAGGCACUGCUGAGCUCUUGCCUUCUGGCCCUCUGUAACCUGGCUGACAUGGGCGAGGAGGACGGCUCCCUGCUUUCCUGGGAGGAAGGGGCAUAUUUUGGCGAAGGGGAACGUGUGUUCCGUGGCACCUCGCGUUACUGUUUCGGCUUCUCUACGGCUGUGACGUUGGUUAGGCUGAAACAAUGGACUAACGGCCAGUACUCUGUGGCAGUAGAAGUACUUCAAAGGUGCUCCACGAUGCUGUGGGGCGCAAAAAACGGCCACCAGACUGGACACCGCUUACCGAACUUUGCCCACCUGGGCAGCUGCCCCAAAUUGUAUAAAGUUAUCAAAUGCUCAGUGAAGAACAUACCGAGAAACAGGAAUCUGAGGGCGGCAGUGCUUCAUACCCUCUUGUGAGGCUUCAUCAUAGUGCUUUUGGACUUCUUAAUAAACGUCUGAGGUGGCCUAAACAAGUGAUCUGGUGUAAACCACGUCCUGACAUUUAAGGAGCUCAUUUCAGCCAUUUGUAUUAGAGAAUGGAUCUGAAAGCAACAAAAAACAUAGAAUAUUACAACUCUUGGUUUCCUAUUGCUAAGGGUACCAAUCGAGAGCCAGAAUCACAAGCCAGGUCACAAGAUAUGUUGUGUCGAGGCAGUUUAAGUCUUAGAUGCUGGCUGUACCUAGAACAUGAGAACAGGUGGACGCCGAGCUGCAAUCUGCUAGCCUUUCUGAACUGUGUGAUUAGUCCAUAAGAGGCCUUACAGUAGAUUAUCCAGACCCAGUGUUCAGGGUCAGAGCAGCUACACUCACCCAGGUCACAAUAUGCAACCAUGUUGCAAAAUGCACCAAGGGAAAUAGAUUUACAGAUGAAAAUGGUGACUUAUGUUUACAGUCUUCGGGUCAGGGGUGAAAGCAAAGACUUAACAAAUUUGAUCAGUGUUACACAUAAUUGGGUUUUAAAUUUCAUUCAGAUUUGAGAACUGCAGAAUGUAGAUGUCUAUCAAUGGAAAAAACAAAAAACUGCUAAAAUGGCUUAUGCCCAUAUUUGCAUGCAUGUAGGCCCAGUGGGGGUGGGGGAUUUCACAUGCUGUAUAUGCUGGGUUCCCACAAACAUGGAAAAAGUUGAAAUAUUAAGGGGUUUAGCUUUUGUGUAGAGUAAAAUUUGCUCAAGCUACACUACUGUCAAAAGUUUGGGGUCGGUAAGAUUUUUAAAUGUUUCUGAAAGAAGUCUCAUAUGAUCAUCAAGUCUGCAUAUAUUUGAUCAAAAGUACAGUAAAAACAGUAAUAUUAUGAAAUAUUUAAAAUAUCUGUUUCUAUUUGAAUAUAUUUUAAAAUGUAAUUUAUUCCUGUGAUGGCAAAGCUGAAUUUUCAGCAUCAUUACUCCAGUCUUCAGUCUCCAGUGUCACAUGAUCCUUCAGAAAUCAUUCUGAUAUGCUGCUUAAGGAACAUUUCUUACUAUUAUCAAUGUUAAAAAUAUUGGAAACUCAUAUAAUUUCAUUAAUAGAAAGUUCAAAAGAACAACAUUUAUUUGAAAUAGAAAUCUUUUGUAACAUUAUAAAUGUCAUUACUGUCACUUCUGAUGAUUCAUGGCAAACAGUAUUAAUUCCUUAAAAUAAAAAAUAAAAAACUUACUGACCCCAAUCUUUUGAACGUUAGUCUAUGUCCAGUUUGUAAGUGAAUCAUUCUUUUGAAUUGGCUCGUUUUAAUGAACCAAUCAAACCAAAUUGGGCUGAGUGAUUCAAUAGCAAUCCCUGUGACCCUACAAGAGGUUUGGAUUAAUCUAUUAAUCACAAACAAAUGGAAAGGUAAUGGAAAUUCAUGGGUCAAAAGUGUGAAAGUGUGGGAACCCUGUGGUACAACUGGACUGUAUUUUUACCUCCUGCAUCAAGUCACACAAUUGUUCUGAUGUGACUUAUUAUUUUUAAAUGAUGUAAUUACAAGCAAACCUCAUUCACAAGUUUAUUCUAUCAAUAAACCUUUUCUUUUAACUUUGUUUAA